ACAGGAAGUGCGAAAUAUGGCUGAAUCUGAAAAAUCACCCCGACCAAAUGGAGACGCAAUAGAGCAAGACAGUACCCCCACAAAUAAUGGAGCCGAUAAAAAGACAAACUUCAUGAGUCAAAUACGCGUACAACAGCUAAGGGAUAAAGCCCAGAAUGUCCGAGGUGAGAUAAUUGACCAGCUAGAUUCCCAGCUGAAUGAUUUAAUAGAUGACUUCACAAAUGGAGUGGAUGCUUUGGACACUGCAGAAGGGACAGUCCCUGCUAGAGCUAAUGGUCAUUACAGACAACCAAGUCACCAUCGGGGACCAGGAAAUGAACUUGAAGAGAAAGUGUUCCAGAUACGAAGAUCAGUACUUACAGAGCUGUUACAGAUCAACCACAUACGAACAAUCUACCAUAUAUUCAUCGCCAUCAUGAUUAUAUUCAGUCUCAACACAAUGCUAUAUGACAUCAUAGAGAAAGGAUAUUUAAGUUUAGAAUUUGAAAUGAUGCUUUGGGCAUUUGGCAAGUUACCUCAGGUCAUGUACCUAUGGACUUGUAUGUCUAUUUCAACCCUUGCUGUUUAUCCCGUCUUCAACUUUUGGGCUAAUAAUAGGAUAGCUGGACCCACAGGUUUGUUUGAUAAUGCAUUUAUUGUGCUAUACAUCAUUUACAUGAUAGCAUUCCUUGUGUGGCCAGUUACUUACAUUAACAUGGAAAAUAUGCCUCCUGCUUCAUCUGUCACAUUAGCAUGCGAACAGGUGAGGUUAGUGAUGAAAACACAUGCAUUUGUUCGUGAAAAUUGGCCAAGAGCUCGCAACUACAAGCCUCAUUCUGAUGAUGAUAAUCAUGACGAGGGACCAUGCCCAGAUUUCGGGAAAUAUCUCUAUUUCCUGUUUGCACCCACUUUGAUCUAUAGAGACAGUUACCCACGAACCAAGUCUAUCAGAUGGAACUAUGUGGUGUCUAACUUUGCUCAGGUGUGGGCCUGUAUGUUCUACGUCUACUACAUCUUCCAGAGAUUCUGUGUGCCUGUAUUCCGCAACUUUAGCCAGGAUCAUGUCACCGUCAAAGCAUUAAUUCUAUCUGUAUUCAAUUGUAUGCUUCCUGGGACACUGGUGCUGUUUAUUGCAUUCUUUGCUGUACUCCACUCUUGGCUGAAUGCCUUUGCAGAGAUGCUGAGGUUUGGAGACAGACUUUUCUACAAGGAUUGGUGGAAUGCUACAUCAUUUGCCACAUACUACAGGACAUGGAAUGUUGUAGUCCAUGACUGGCUUUAUACCUACAUAUACAAGGACUUCUUUGCUAUAUUUGGAGCCAGGUCUAGCGUGUCAAAUGUUGGUGCCAAGGCAUCUGUAUUCCUGCUUUCUGCAAUAUUCCACGAGUACAUCUUGACUGUUUCAUUCCGCUUCUUCUACCCAGUUCUCUUUGUGCUCUUUGCUGGUGCAGGAUUUUUGAUCAUGUUCCUGCGUGGUAGAUCUCGGGGAUGGAAUGUGUUCAUGUGGGUAGGACUAUUCAUGGGAACGGGAAUCCUAAUGUGCCUUUACAGCAUGGAGUGGUAUGCCAGACAAGAUUGCCCCAUCGAUACAGAAAGUUGGUUAAAUGAAUACCUGGUUCCAAAGUCAUUGUCAUGUGACUUUUUAAGAAUGCAUGAGCAGCAGAACAAUAUAACUGAGAAAAUGAACAAGGCCUGAAUCUGUCUCAAAUUAAUGUUUGACGAGUCAUAUAAUUCACAAAUGUAUCUCAAAUCACAAACCGACCACUAAGAGAAAUUAGUUUUAUACAAUACAAUGCAGGAAAAUUGGGUGAUGGUUGAGGGGAAAAGUUUAAUAAUCUUAUCGACCCUUCAUCACUGAAUACACUUCCAUGACCAUGUCAUUAUGUCACUGGUCUAUGGGCAAAUGCUUACUUACUGCACAUUGUAAUUUUUGUUCAGAUCUUUUGCUAGGAUAUAGAUGGUGUUGCAUCGUGUCAUAUAUACAUUAUGUGUACUACAUUAUGUCGAGCGAAUUUCCUUAUAAGGGGGUUAGGGCCAGAGGGUGCUUUCAUUAUUGAAUAAUUUUCCGAAACUGUCAACAUUUUAACACAUGGAUCCUUGCUACAAGAAAUUUUGUAAAAUAAUGAUAAUGGCAGUCUAUUGUGACAUUACAAGUUCCCUGUGUAAGGAAAAGGCUAAAAAAUCAAACCUUUUAAGAAGAAAAAGCUAACGAACAAAAAAUAUUAUUAGUUUAUUGAGAAAUUGCAGUAUGAUCAAAAUGUGCCAUCGAAACAGAUAUACUAUUAAAAGCUAUAUAAAUGCAUGUUUUAAGCGUUUUGUAACAAGUUAACAAACAUUGACAGAUUUCAUUCCAUAUUUUAUUUUGAACUGGAAUGCUAUUAACCACCAUUUGUUAGGUAGCUGUGGGUAUUAUUCUUGAUUUUUGUAAAACCCGUAAUUAUCAAACACAUCUUUGUAUUUUUCUCGAUGAGAGCCACUGUAUAUGAGCAAGGGGCAAUGUCUAUAAGUGUUUACAAUUGUUGCUAUAGGGAUAAGCUUUGUGUGUAUUGUGCAAUCACAUUAAGUGACCUUUAGUGGGUAGACAGGAAUAAAUAGGCAAGACAUCAAAAAAAGGCAAAACUUAUAUUAAACAUCUAUGGGACAUAAUUUUCAUAUUUCUCAUGGAAAAAUGUCUUAAAAUUGUUUUAUAAAAUUUUGGGGAGGCAACUUUUUGCCUCACCUGAGUCAAAGCUAAGUAUGCUUAUGACAUUGUCAUUAGAAUUGUAUAUAAUAUGUGGAGGAUGGGGAACCAAUUAUAAAAAACUAAUAUUUUAGCAUAGACAAGUGGAGAUUAACAUGCUGGUACCAUUCAGUGUAUCAGGAAAAAUAGUGUCUAUGCAGUAUGCAUAAAAAUAAUGUGUUACACUUAAUACUGAGGUUACAAGUAACAUUUACAACUUAAAACAUGAAAAUCAAUAAUAUUCCACAGACUCGAUUCUUUGUUCUUCAGUAAUGAAUAACUUUUGAAGAAGAUUUUUUUGAAUCGAGUCUUUGUGAUAUUCUGACUUUAGAAUGUCGACAGCUCUACUUACCUCCUAAUCCUUGUUAACCAAUGUCUUCAUAUAUGUAUAUUAGGUUACCAGUGUACCAGUAUGUGAAUCUCCAGUGAAAAAUGCUUACUUUAUAUUUUUACAAGAACAGUGAAAAUGAUUCCUUGUACUAUAGUAUGUCCAUGACUGUGUCAUGUUAGCGUAUGGAAAAUAUUUUUAAUAUUAAAUAAUUUGGACCAAAUUUAUCAAUUUCGCGGCAAAACUGAUUUGAUUUUCAGAGCAGAAAUGUUACGUCGCAUGACAAGAUUGUCAAAUGACACUUAAGGAAUCAGUUUUCUGAGAAAUGCGAUUUUGUUUGUAAAUAAAAAUAAAAGUCAGUUAUGGUUGAAUUGUAAGACAUCAGGCUUUUGCUGUGCAUAGUUCAAAGUAAGCGAAUCGCUUCUUUCAACUCCAUGGUUAAAUGUGAUGAUGCUUAAUCCUAACCCACCAUAGUAAAUGUAAACAAUCACACCUUUGCUUGUGUUUUGUAUUUUUUCUUAUUUAAUUAGUUUGUUCAGUGCCAUUUUCCAUCAAUGGAGACCAAAUGCACUUAUACAAGGUGAUCCCAAAAAUAGAGCCACCAUAAAGCGUUAUCAGUUCCUUUUUCAAUGGAUCUGUUUUUGGAGUCAUCCUGUAUGCCUGCUACUUGCAAUGCUUCAGUAUUCAAUGCAGCUUUUUUUUAAUUCAUUUAUUACGAGUGAUAUUGUUUAAUUUGAAUGAAAUGUAUGUGUUGUCUGUAUUAGUUAGUUCUACAUUUUUAAGUAUUUCAUUGGCCAAACAAAGCAGAAGGCCUCUGAAGUCAGGAAAAUCAAGCUUUUAGUGCAUACAUUGUAAUUUUUGCAUAGAACCAUUUUUGUAUUUAUGGAAUUAAAUGAUUCAAGUCAGCAAUAAAGGUUUAUGCCCCUCUAUGGCAAGAAGUUAAUUUUCUUGAUUUC